AUGAAAUGUGAUAUCCUUGUAGGGGGGCAGUGGGGUGAUGAAGGCAAAGCCAAGAUCAUUGACUUUCUCUCUAACAAGUACCAUAUUGUAUGUCGCUUCCAAGGGGGUAGCAAUGCGGGACAUACCGUUUUCAAAAAUGGAGUGAAAUACGUCUUUCACCUACUUCCUUCGAGCGUGCUUCAUCCUCAAACAACUGCUGUCCUAUCUCAUGGGAUGGUCAUCUAUCUCCCCCAAUUAGUUAAAGAAAUCCAAACAUUAGAAAAAGAGGGAAUAUCGUUUGAGGGACGCCUUUUUAUAAGUGAUAAAGCUUUCUUGGUCAUGGACUAUCACCUUGAAAUUGAUAAAGUCAAAGAGCAAAAAGAAAACAAAGUUGGAACAACCUGUAAAGGCAUUGGACCUGCCUAUACCGAUAAAUAUGACCGAAAAGGAAUUCGAGUCGGAGAUUUAUUUGAUGAAGGAGAAGUUUUAAAUAAAAUAAAAUCUUGUUUAGACGAGCAAAAGAAUUUAUUGAAAAAUUAUUAUCAACAUGAUUACUUGGUGACCGCUGAAGAAAUUUUGGAAAAAACUUUAAAAGACUUUAAAAUCAUCCAACCCUAUGUAAUUGAUACUACCUAUUACCUUAACCAUGCGAUCUCUCAAAAAAAUAUUCUAUUAGAAGGUGCACAAGGAGCAGGGCUUGACAUUGAUUUCGGAACUUAUCCCUUUGUUACCUCUUCUUCUCCCACCUCUGGAGGAGCUGCUACUGGUACGGGAAUUGCUGUUAAUCACUUUCAAAAAAUAUAUGGUGUUUUCAAAGCUUAUGUAACUCGAGUUGGAAAAGGAUCACUUCCCACCAUUCUUAGCAACGAAGAAAACAUCCAACUACGUGAUAAAGGCAAAGAAUUUGGAGCAACCACUGGUAGACAGAGAUCUUGUGGAUGGUUUGAUGGAGUUCAAGCCAAGUAUUCUCUCAUGAUUAACGGUGUUACUGAUUUGGUGAUCACCAAAUUGGAUGUUUUUACUGGCUAUAAAAAAAUCAAGUUUUGCACUCACUACAUAGUGGAUGGUUUCAAAACCGAUAUGUUUCCUCCAUCCAACCAAAAAUUAAAAAAAGCAGAACCUGUCUAUAUCGAAUUUGAAGGAUGGGAAGAUCAAGUUUAUCAAGUUCAAACUUUUGAUGAGCUUCAUCCCAAUGCACAGAAAUUCAUUAAUUAUUUUGAAGAAUAUUUAGGUCUUCGUAUUUCAAUCAUCUCUACUGGACCAGAGAAACAAGAUACCAUUGUUAGGAAUUAA